CAACGCAGCGCGCGUUUGUUCCCAGAUUGCCGCUUUGACAAUCUAGUUCUAGUCUGGUUCCUUCAGAAAACGCCGGUUCACAUGAAACUUGGUCAAGAUAUUCGGGUCAAUUACAACUUGAUUGUGUCACAACUUGAAAUUUGUUGAUACAAUCAUGCUUUCUUAAAUUUGAUGAUGGAUGUCUUGUGAUGUUCUUCAAGCCACUCAUUUUCUGAUUCAUCCUUGUCUCUGCGGACAAGUCAUCUCAUUUUCAUUCUAAUUUUAUUCUGGGAAGACCACAUCCUGGAGGCCGCUCUUCUGCACCGUCCUCGGCUGGGACUGCGCGCCCGGCGUCCCGGCUGGAGAGCCGCCUCGCGCGGCCUCCCUCUCCCCGCGGGCCCACCCCUCCGCUGCGCCGAUUGGCCGCUCCUGGGCCAUCCCCGCGCCGUGCAGGAUCCUCUGCCCAGCGGAAAGUUUUCCGUGUCGGAAGGAAGUUGGACCUUUGGAGACUCCGAGGCAGCAGCUUCUGAGGCUGCAGGGGUCCGGGCGGCCAUGGAAGAGCCCCCUUUGCGAGAGGACGAAGAGGAGGAGGAAGAAGAAGAGGGGGAGGACGGUGACGAGGCUGGGCCCGAGGGGGCUCUGAGGAAGAGCCCCUUCCAGCUGACCGUGGAGGACGUGUAUGACAUCUCCUACGUGGUGGGCCGCGAGCUGAUGGCCCUGGGCAGCGACCCGCGGGUGACGCAGCUGCAGUUCAAAAUCGUCCGCGUCCUGGAGAUGCUGGAGACGCUGGUGAAUGAGGGCAACCUCGCGGUGGAGGAGCUGAGAAUGGAGCGGGACAACCUCAGGAAGGAGGUGGAGAGGCUGCGGGGAGAGGGCUCGGCGCCCACCCGAGAGGUAAACCUGGGACCAGACAAGAUGGUGGUGGACCUGACGGAUCCCAACCGACCACGCUUCACUCUGCAGGAGCUGAGGGAUGUGCUCCAGGAGCGUAACAAACUCAAGUCCCAGCUGCUGGUGGUACAGGAAGAGUUGCAGUGUUACAAGAGUGGCCUGAUUCCACCAAGAGAAGGCCCAGCAGGAAGACGAGAAAAAGACGUUCUGGUCGCCAGGGCCAACAACGCCGGCGGCAACAAGGAGGAGAAGACCAUCAUAAGGAAGCUGUUCUCUUUCCGGUCAGGGAAGCAAACAUAGAUUGAAGGUGGCAGUUCUGACUCAAGAAGACCACCCACCGAGAAGACUUCCCAGAUCAUCUCAGUGCCGCCGCAGACACCCUGUACUUGCUCAUUUGUUUCCCCUGAAAGCCAGCCCAGGAAGGAGGAAGUGAAGGUCUCUCACGAUUGCCUUUUUCCCCUGGCUGCAGAACUGGACACCCCAAAGGCUUGGCUAGGGCAGGGGAAGUGGCUGAGAAAUCAAGAAAGCAGAGGGACUGGGCGGAGAGCACAGCUGGGCCACUUCCUGCCCACUUCCGCCGCCCAGAGGGGCCACCAGGGUUCUGCUUCUCUGGUCCCGCAGAUGACCUUGGUUUUUACUGGGUAGCAGCAAUCACAUAAGUCAGCCCAAGGGGAGAGAGGAGAAGAGGGUGCCGGGAAGUAUGGUGUUGACAUUCCAGCGGUAAUUUCGCCGAUAUUUAGUGACUACCUGAUUUUGCUAACAUGACUUUCUUUACGUGAUUUUAUAUUAAAGUAAAAUGAAUUUCAUACUUUAA